AUGGAUAAGACUUGGAUGAAAUUUCCUAGGAAUAGCAAAACGUAUUUGGAUGGACUGAAAAUGUUCCUUGAUUUUGCUUUCUCCAAAGAAAACACAAGUGUUAAUGGAAUGAUAUUGUGCCCCUGUAAGACAUGUAAAAAUGGGAUUUGCCUACCAAGGGAAGAUGUAGAAGUUCAUUUAAGGUGUUUAGGAUUUAUUAGGGGCUACACUCAAUGGAUAGCUCAAGGUGAAACCUCUAAUUUUACAACUCCCAAUUCAUUUUUUAAUGAGCCUAGUGAUGGGGACAAUAUGCAAGAAAUGCUUAAUGAUGCAUUUGGAGUACCAUACGAUGAUGUUGAAAUAGGAGAGAAUGAGGCUGAUGAAAUUGAAGAACCAAACUCAGAAGCUAAGUCAUUUUACAAGUUAGUUGAUGAUUCCCAGCAAGAAUUGUGGCCGGGGUGUAAGAAGUUUUCAAAAUUAUCAUUUCUGGUACGAUUGUAUCAUAUCAAGUGUCUAGGGAAAAUUUCUAAUAAGGCAUUCACCAUGUUGUUGGAGCUAUUGAAUGAGGCAUUCCCAGAAGGUGUGAAAUUACCUAAAUCUAACUAUGCAGCGAGAAGAGUCAUCGAAGAAUUAGGCCUAGGUUAUAAAAAAUAUGAUGCAUGUCCAAAUGAUUGCACUCUUUUCUGGGGCAAAGAUAAAAAUAGUAUACAAUGUGAGACAUGUAGCUCCACUAGAUGGGUAGUUUCAGAUGGAGAUCCUACUGGUGAAAAAAGAAAAGUUCCACAUAAGGUAUUAUGGCACUUUCCUCUAAAGGGAAGAUUGCAGCGUUUAUUCAUGUCUUCGAAAACUGCAUCUUUCAUGAGAUGGCAUGCUGAAAAUCGUACCAAAGAUGGCAAUAUGAGACAUCCAGCUGAUUCUCCAGCAUGGCAGUGCUUUGACUAUAGGAAUCCAGAAUUUGCUAAAGAUCCUAGAAAUGUUAGAUUGGGUUUGGCAUCUGACGGUUUUAAUCCUUUCAAAAACAUGAAUGUUUCACAUAGUACGUGGCCCGUAAUAUUGAUUCCUUAUAAUUUACCUCCUUGGAUGUGCAUGAAGCAGCCUUAUUUUAUGAUGUCGUUGCUUAUACCUGGCCCAUCUGCCCCAGGAAAUAACAUAGAUAUAUACCUGCAACCACUAGUGGAAGAAUUAAAAUAUAUGUGGGAUGUAGGUAUUGACACUUAUGAUGCGUCAUGCAAGCAGAAUUUCAAAAUGCGGGCAUCACUACUUUGGACUAUUAGUGAUUUCCCGGGCUACGCAAACCUGUCAGGUUGGAGUACUAAAGGAAAGCUUGCUUGUCCUGUUUGCAACAAGAAUACUGACUCGCUAUGGCUUAAAAAUUGUGGAAAACAUUGCUAUAUGGGUAAUCGUCGGUUUCUAGAGAAGAAUCACUAUUUUCGAAAUGAUUUGAAGUCAUUUAAUGGGAAUAAAGAAACUAGAGAUCCACCUCGUAGACCGACUGGUUCAAGUAUCUUGGCUGAUUUAGAGGGUUUUGAAAUGAAGUUUGGUAAACUUGUAUCAAAUAAUCCAAAUUUACCUUUUAAUUGGAAGAAGAAGAGUAUUUUAUUUGACCUUCCCUAUUGGAAAGAUAAUUUGUUGCCUCACAACCUUGAUGUUAUGCACAUUACAAAGAAUGUUUGUGAGAGUAUUAUAGGGACAUUGUUAAACAUAGAUGGAAAAAGUAAAGAUCAUUUGAAGUCACGACUUGACCUCCAAGAAAUGGGCAUCAGACAAGAGCUCCAUCCUGUUGAACUUGAAGGUGCUGCAAAUAAAUUUUAUUUGCCUCAUGCUUGUUUUGUAAUGAACAAGAAGGAGAAGGAGAAAUUCUUAAAGACAUUAAAAGCAGUGAAAGUUCCAGAUGGUUAUGCAUCUAAUAUUUCAAGGAGUGUGCAGAUAAAGCCUCCUAAACUUUCUGGUCUUAAAAGUCAUGAUUAUCAUAUAUUGAUGCAACAACUUUUACCUCUAUCCUUAAGAAAAUUACUUCCCAAGUCAGUGCGUGUUCCUUUGAUCAACUUGAGCAGAUACUAUAGAGAAUUGUGCUCUAAAGUUUUGAAACCUCAAGAUUUGUGUCUCAUGGAGAAAGAUAUUGGUUUAAUUUUAUGUCAACUGGAGCAGUUUUAUCCACCAUCUUUUUUCGACAUUAUGGUGCAUCUUAGUGUACAUUUGGCUAGUGAAGCAAGAAUAGCUGGCCCUGUUCAUUAUCGUUGGAUGUUUCCUAUCGAAAGGAGUCGACCUGAAGGAUACAUUGCAGAAGAGAGUUUGGCUUUCUGUUCGUUAUAUUUUGGUGAGGGGGUUGAAACAAGAUUUAAUCGUAUGAACAGAAAUGAUGAUGGCGUUCGUCCAGAAACAUCGGUAUUAGAUGUGUUUUCAAACCGAGGUCGUUGUUUAGGGAAAGGGGAUGCAACAUUAUUAGAUGAUGACACUCUACAGAAAGCUCAUCAAUAUGUACUUUUCAACUGUCAUCCAAUAAAGCAAUUCAUUGACGAACACUUUGAGAUUGUGAAGAAAAAGCAUCCUCGUUCGAGAAAACAUGAAAUUGAACGAAUCCAUGUUAGACAAUUUGCAUCCUGGUUUGCUGAACGAGUUCAGUCCUUGAAUGAUGGAGAUCCAUUUUCAUGUGAUUUGAAAUUAUUGGCAAAUGGUCCAAAUCCUAUUGGAAAUCAAUACAAGAAAAUUUUGGUGAAUGGUUUCAGAUUUCAUACAAAAGAAGUGGAAUCAAAGAGAAAAACACAAAAUAGUGGAGUGGUGGUUAAUGCAGCAACAUCUAGUUUUUCAAGUACCAAGGAUCAAAAUCCUGUUAUGGGAGAUGUUGCAUAUUAUGGACUGUUGAAGAAUAUUAUUGAAUUAGAUUACAAUUGCGAUAGGAAAGUUGUUUUAUUGGAUUGUGAUUGGGUUUCUCAAGGAAAGAGGAUAAAACAAGAUGAUGAUGGAUUCACGAUGGUUAACUUUUCUAAUUUGAAGCCUCACAAUGAGCCGUUCAUCUUGGCAUCUCAAGCAAAACAAGCAUUCUAUGUCGCAGACGAGGAUGAAAAAGGAUGGCAUGUUGCUAUACAAUCAAAGCCCAGGGAUGUCUAUGAUAUGGAUUUAAUAGAUGAAUUCUAUGUCCACUUGCAGAGUGAUGUUUGUAAUGUCUUAGAUGCAGAUCAACAGAAUGAAGAUUUGAAUUGGGCUCGUGAAGGCACUACGGGAUAUGUUGUUGAGGCUUGA